AUAAAACCAACCAAAGCCCUAGUAAGAAAGUUUAAUCAAAAGCCCUACAAAAUUGAUUUCUCUCCAUCACAUUGGCGCCACCCCUACACCACGCCGAUUUCUUCUCCAACGCCGCCGUUCACACCAGCCCUCCGCACUCUGUGAUAAACUGCCGAGAGCAUGGGGAAGGACGGGGAAGGCGGCGAGCAGCCGCACAAGUCUCAUAGGGUUCGAAAAUCUGGAGCUUCCGCCAAGAAGAAAUCCAAGUCGAAGCCGAAUUCAACCGAAGGCCUUUCUAAGGAGCUGCAGAAGAUAAACAACCCUAAGGCAUUUGCAUUCACUUCUUCUAAGAAAGCCAAGCGGCUCCAAUCACGAGCUACAGAGAAGGAACAGAAAAGGCUUCAUUUACCAACAAUUGAUCGGAAUAUAGGAGAACCCGCUCCAUUUGUUGUUGUAGUCCAGGGACCUCCACAGGUGGGGAAGUCAUUGUUGAUCAAGUGUCUGGUAAAACAUUACACAAAGCACAACUUACCUGAAGUCCAAGGACCAAUUACUAUCGUGUCAGGCAAACAACGGAGGUUGCAGUUCGUGGAGUGUCCAAAUGAUAUCAAUGGGAUGAUAGAUUGUGCCAAAUUUGCUGAUUUAGCUUUGCUACUUAUUGAUGGGAGCUAUGGCUUUGAGAUGGAAACAUUUGAGUUUCUUAACAUAUUACAAAACCAUGGAUUUCCCAGAGUAAUGGGUGUUCUUACUCACCUGGACAAGUUUGAGGAUGUAAAAAAACUUAAGAAAACAAAACAACGACUCAAGCACCGUUUUUGGACUGAGAUCUAUGAUGGAGCAAAAUUAUUUUACUUAUCUGGCCUUAUUCAUGGAAAGUACACCAAACGUGAAGUACAUAACCUAGCAAGGUUUAUUUCUGUAAUGAAAUUCCCCCCCUUGUCAUGGAGAGCUUCUCACCCUUACAUCUUAGUAGAUCGUUUUGAAGAUGUCACACCCCCAGAGAAGGUUCACAUGAAUAGCAAAUGUGACAGAAAUGUUACGUUGUAUGGAUACUUACGAGGCUGCAAUCUGAAGAAGGGUACACGGGCACAUAUUGCUGGCGUGGGUGAUUAUCAUUUGUCUGGAGUUACAGCAUUGGCCGAUCCUUGCCCUCUUCCCUCAGUUGCCAAAAGAAGGGGCUGCGUGAUGGAAAAGCUAUUUUAUGCCCCUAUGUCUGGAUUAGGGGAACUACUUUAUGACAAAGAUGCUGUCUAUAUAAACAUAAAUGAUCACUUUGUACAGUUUCUAAGUGACGGAGCUAAUCCAGAAGGGACAGAAAAAGGAAAACAACGUGAUGUUGGUGUUGAAUUGGUUAAAUCAUUGCAGAACACUAAAUAUUCUGUCGAUGAGAAGUUGGAAAAAAGUAAUAUCUCAGUUUUUGGGAAAAAGCCUCACAUAUCUGAGGCUCCAGAAGCGGUUGGUCGGGAUGUGCUAUUGGAGCCUGUAGAUCACUAUGAAUCUGACAUUAAAGAUGAAGAUAGUGAUUCAGAUGAAGAGGAUGAUACUGAUGAUGAAAAUGAUCCGGAAUCCUUAGAGAAAGAUCAUUCGACACAAAGCAACUAUAAGGAAGAGUUUGAUUUGGAUAGGGGAAGGGUGAGGAGAAAAGCUGUUUUUGAAAAUGAAAUGGAUAUUGAUAAUAAGGUAAUUUUUUUGCUAGUAACUAUACAUUCAGAUCUGACUUCUUCUAGUGCUAAGUCUGGAUCGGUUUCAUUGCUAUCACGAGUCAAGUGA